AUGGAGAACAGAUUCUUGGGAAACAUUGCCGCUACAUCGUUUAAAAAUCUGUUCCCAAAUUCCAUUUCAAAGAAGCAGAAGAUGAAGAACUCAGUCCGUACCAGGAACAAAUCAAACGCCGAGAACAUUGCCCCAAUUGAUUCCAACAUCAGCGACCCCCCGUUGCUGCCUUCCAAUUCCUUACCAAAGAAAUCACCCUCCAAGCCCUCCGUUGUUCAUAAGGAGAUUGUUCUCAAGUCCGAGUCCAAAUCUGAUGCCCCUGUUCAUCCGGACCCCCCAGUAAAAGUCAUGGUGAGGAUUAGGCCUUCAACAGCUCCUGCUAGUCUGGAUUGGACUGUUAAGAAAGUUUCAAAUGAUUCUCUUUCUGUUGGGGAUAAAAUAUUCAACUUCCAUUCCGUUUUGGAUUCAAAUUCAUCACAGGAAGAUGUCUUCAAACAAGUUGGUGUUCCUUUGGUCAAUGAUGCAUUGGCAGGUUACAACACAUCAAUUUUGGCUUAUGGACAGACGGGUAGUGGGAAGUCUUAUACGAUGUGGGGUCCCCCAAGUGCCAUGGUUGAGGAUGAUAAUUCCCAUGGUUUUCAGGGCCUCGUUCCUCGCAUUUUCCAGAUGUUAUUCUCUAAGAUUCAGCAAGAUCAGGAAAAUGCUGAUGGAAGACAGUUCAAUUAUCAGUGCCGCUGUUCAUUUCUUGAGAUAUAUAAUGAACAAAUUGGGGAUUUACUUGAUCCUACUAAGAGGAAUUUAGAGAUAAGGGAGGAGCCCAAAAACGGAUUUUAUGUUGACAAUUUGUCAGAGGAAUAUGUUACCAACUAUGAAGAUGUCACUCAAAUCCUAAUUAAGGGCCUUUCAAGCCGAAAGGUUGGAGCAACCAGCACAAACUCAAAGAGUUCAAGAUCACAUAUUGUAUUCACAUGCGUCAUAGAGUCCUGGUGUAAGGAGACCUCGUCGAAGUGUUUCGGUAGUUCCAAGUCAAGCAGAAUCAGCCUAGUUGAUCUUGCUGGAUUUGAAAGAAGUAUUCUUGAUGAUGCCGGAAAACAAUGUGUAAAAGAAGGAAAAUUUAUAAAGAAGUCCACAUCACAGCUAGGGUAUUUGGUCAACUGCCUAGUUGAGAAAAGCCGUUCAGGAGUUCCUGAAGCACUACCAUAUCAAGGUUCUUGUUUAACUCAUCUGCUGAGGGAAUCGCUCGGUGGCAAUGCCAAACUCUCGGUCAUAUGUUCCAUCACCCCUGACAAAAAGUAUGGUGGAGAAACAGUAAGCACGCUCAGGUUUGGACAGCGAGUUAAAUAUGUCCAGAAUGAGCCAGUAAUAAAUGAAAUAACAGAAGAUGAUGUUGAUGGUCUAACUGAUCAGAUAAGACAACUUAAGGAGGAACUUAUAAGAGCCAAAACCGAUCAGGCAUGGGACUCAAUCGGAAGUAAUCAUGGACACUUCAAAGGCAGAAAUGUGCGUGAAAGCUUGAAUCAACUGAGACUUAGUCUAAACCGCUCAUUGAUUUUACCUUAUGUGGAUAAUGAUGAUCCUGAAGAAGUGUGUGCCGACGAGAAUGACAUUAAAGAGUUGCGAACCCAAAUUGAUAUGCUACAAAGUUCUCCAGAGGAGGACUCCAUGGACAUAGCAGAGGGUUGCGAGACAGACUUGACUAGCGAACAGUACGUGAGCUGUUCGGAUGAAGGUGAAAGUGAAAUAGAUGAAAUUAACUCGGAAGAAACUGAUCCACAAAUUAGUGAGGAGUUACCGCCUGUUGAUGAGCCUGAAGGCCUCUGUUCUGGGGACAAGGAUCAAAUCAAGAGUAGCAUUUCAAUUCCUGCAGUCCCUCAGUUUGAUGUCCUCCAAGGCCCUACAAUUUCUGAGUCUCCUAAAAUUAAAAACAUGCAAAGGAAGAGCUUAAUUGCUUCAUCGAACAGUUUGUGCUUCCAUGAUACUGCACCAGACAAUUCCGGGAACUCCAAAUCAUUGCGGCAAUCUGUAAGAAGCAGCAAUCACAUCCGAUCUUCUUUGAGGUCGAGUAGAGUCAUCCCUGGGCCUACAGAAUCUCUCGCAGCUAGCCUUCACAGAGGUUUAGAGAUUAUUGAUUACCAUCAGCGCAACUCGCCAUUAGACAGAUCAUCUGUUUCCUUCUCUUUCGAACACUUGGCAUUGAAACCAUGUUUAAAAGAUGACAAGGCGAACGCUUCUGCCCAAACUUUAACAGAAGAUGGGUUGAGUACUUCUUUCAUGUGUAAAAAUUGCAAGCAAAGAGGAGAUCUUUCAUCAACUGAAUGGAUGGAUAGAGGAAAGGAUUCAGCAAUGGCUACAGAGAGAGAGAAGGAACUUGAGACAGUUUGCAAGGAGCAUGAAGCUAAAAUCGAUCAAUUGAACCAACAGCUAAUGAAGUACAAGCUUGAGCUGGAACAGACCAAGGGAAGUAGUGGUAAUGAUUCAGAUCACGAUGUUAUGAAGAAUGAGAGUGAAAAUAAGCUUCUGAUGUGGAAUGGUAAUGAAGGUCAUGAUCUAGAGCUGAUAAAGGAGAAGUGUGAAGUGAAAGAAAUCCAGGGAGAAUUUGAUGAUCAAAGUCACAAUGUCCAAUCUUUUGAUGCAGAUGAAAAGGAAGCCCUUCUCAAAGAAAUUGAAAGCUUAAGAAGCAAAUUGCAGUCUCAAACCGAUAUAAAUGCUAUUAAAUCAACCGACAGAAUCAGGUCUUCCCUCCUGGCUCAAUCAAUCCAGUUGAGAAAAAGCGGUACACUUCCUCGACUGAACACUGAGGAAGAUAUAGAGAAGGAACGAGAGAGAUGGAUGGAAAUGGAAAGCGAAUGGAUUUGUUUAACAGAUGAUUUGAGGAUUGAUCUAGAGUCCCUUCGCCAGCGGGCAGAGAAGGUGGAGAUGGAGUUAAGAUUGGAGAAAAAAUGUACAGAGGAGUUGGAUGAUGCACUUAAAAGGUCUGUCCUUGGACAUGCUAGAAUGGUUGAGCACUAUGCGGAGCUGCAAGAGAAUUAUAAUGACUUGGUUGCAAAGCAUCGAUCUGUUAUGGGAGGCGUGGCAGAGAUUAAAAGGGCAGCUGCUAAAGCAGGAGCCAAAGGACAUGGCUCGCGUUUUGCCAGGUGCCUUGCAGCUGAACUUUCAGCUUUGAGAGUGCAAAGGGACAGGGAGAGGGAACUCCUGAAAAAGGAGAAUAUUAAACUAAGAACUCAACUCAGAGACACUGCAGAAGCUGUUCAUGCAGCUGGCGAGCUACUCGUUAGGCUGAGAGAAGCAGAGGAAACAGCCUCAGUCUCAGAGGGAAAUAUGACAAGGGUACAAGAAGAAAAUGAGAGUUUGAAGAAACAAAUAGAGAAACUGAAGAGGAAGCACAAGAUGGAAAUGGCGACAAUGAAACAGUACCUUGCGGAGAGCAGGUUGCCUGAAGCUGCAUUAAGGCCUUUAUCCAGGGAAGAGUCUUAUACCGGAGGGAAUGAUUACACAUCUUCCUUUGUGCCUGAAGAUGAUGACCAAGCCUGGAGAGCAGAAUUUGGUCCAAUCUAUCAAGAACACUUUUGA